ACAAAACGGCGCUUGCUUAUCUGACUGGUGACUGGGUUCUGCUGCUGUCGAUUCCUUGCGUGCGAAUACUGGAAUAGGCGGUUUUGUUCUCCUCGUAGCAGAUUUUAGAAAAUUUAAAAUGUCUCACACAAUACUUCUUGUUCAGCCAACGAAAAAGCCUGAGGGGCGGACAUAUUCAGACUACGAAUCGGUGAAUGAAUGCAUGGAGGGUGUGUGCAAGAUCUAUGAAGAACAUCUCAAGCGAAUAAAUCCCAAUUGCCCGUCAAUUACUUACGACAUCAGUCAACUGUUUGAUUUCAUCGAUGAACUUGCUGAUCUUUGUUGCCUAGUAUUUCAAAAAUCUACCCAGACAUACGCACCAUUCAACAAAGAGUGGAUCAAAGAAAAAAUCUACAUUCUCCUUCGGAAACAAGCUGGCAAGACAUAAAUAUUGGAGCGAAGAUACUAGGCACGAAUUAUGGAACGAUCUAUCUUCAAUCAUGCUUGAGAAAUAGAUACCCCUUUCUAGUUUUAGUUUGAUUGAAGAUUGCCGUCAUUGACUUUUGUUUUGACAGGCUUGAAUUGACUGGUAUAACACAUUAUUGUAUGUAGUUUACAAUUUUAUUGACCAUUUUACGGAGUUAACUUUCAAUAUCUGUAUUUGAUUUCUCUUACCAGUAAACGUCCUUCAAUCUCAAAUGUAAUUUUUGUGAUUGUUUUAUCUUUUAACACAAGAUAGGCAAGCAUCUCCUUUGUGUAAGUAGUGUCAAUGGUUUUUAAUUGUUGGUAUCGUCUUUGAUUUCUUAUAGCUGUCAUCGUGAAGAAUUAGUUUGGGAAGCAAUGUUAUUUGAUAUGUAAAUAGCAAUUUGAAAUGUUUGUUCGUUUUUAUUUGCAUAAUGCGUUUCAG